AUGCAGUCAUGCUCGAAGCACGGAAGCACAAGGCGUGUUACGCUUCAGCGCCUUGACCGGGACUUCCAAGCUUGCUUGUUCGAUCUGUGCCGCAUCUUGGCAGCGGCCUUGCGUGGCAGCCGAGAUGUCAGCUUGGAGCUGGACCAGGUCUGGGGAGUGGCUCAACAACAGGGAGAUUACAGCCCGGUCACGGCAAACCGGAACCUCAAGUCCCGACACGGCUUCUCGUGCAUCAUGGACAUCCUCCUUCCGCCUUCUUUGAGCUGCGAGAAUCACGAAAGGCCAUCAAAGGGAUCCUAUGGCUUUCAUGACGGCCUUCACAAUCUCAUUUGGAAGGGUGAUCGCACCACCGACAAGGACGACCUGGUGCAGCCUGGCAUCAUCCAGCUGGAGCUGCGUGUGGGCCAAUUGUACGUGUUUCCGGACUGGGUACAGACGUUAACGUACCCCUUCGAAGGCAGUGGUGAGAGGCGCUGGAUUGCGGCGACUCACUCAAGGAUGAAGCGUCCCAGCGCUGUGGAUGGUGCUGCCACUAAACUGGCCAGCGUAAAGAGCUCCAAGAGCCGAAAGGCAGAUGAAUCGGAUGGCUCUCAAGCAGUCGCAGUGUCCGUGAAGGUCGCGGAGCUGCGAUCCUCUGGGUAUGUGGAUUUCGAGGCUUGGCUGAAAGACUCCCGAAAUGUGUACGUGGGACGCCGCGGCAGAAUAUUCAUUCACAACGAUGGUGGCAAGAGAAUCUUUCACUAUCCGGGGUCGAGGUGGCAAAAUCCUUACGCAGUGGGAGCAUCACUUUCUCGCCAAGAUGCAUGCUCGAAAUACAGAUCCGCCCUUCUUGAUGGCACGCUGAAGGAUCCGCAGGACGGAGCACCGCUUCACACGAAGCUGCGAGAGCUGAAAGGUUAUCGACUGGGUUGCUGGUGCAAGCCACUAGCAUGCCAUGCUGAGAUUUUGGCUGAGUUGGCCAAUUCGUCUUAG